UUAAAGUCAACAGGUGAAAUAUAUUUCUUCACCACCGGUAAUGCUAUUGCUGACUUUGCAGUUUUCUCACACUUCAUAACAUAUUUUUCAUGUACGGUUUUAUUAGUACGCUUAGUUUUUGAUAAUAAAUAAUAAACUUAAAAUUAGUGAAAGUGCAAAAGUGCAAAGUAUUUAUCACAAAUUAAAAAUAUUUAAAGUUAAUUCUCAGUGUUAAAAUCAUAAGAUUCCUAAUAUCAUCCAAAAUGCAUGCUAUAACACCAAAAAGUUUAGGAAAAUAUGAAGCAUUUUUGGAAAAAAGUAAAAAAGUUGAACCUUUAAAAAUGGGCUCAUAUAUUUUUAGAUUAGAACUUGAUCCUCUUAACAGUGAACUUAUAGAAAAAGCAAAAAAUGAACUUAAUGAAACAGUUGACACAGUAAAUAAAGGUCUUGCUGAUCUGAGGGAGUUACUACAAGGUGAGCCUGAGCUUAAUGUUCCUGAUGAUGAUUAUUUUUUCGCAAAAUUUCUAAGACCUGUUAAAUGGCAUGCAAAUCCAGCUUUUCAAGUGAUGAAACAUUUGUAUCAUUACAAUAUGACACAUCCAGUUUAUUCGGAUAAUUUAACGCCAAUGGAUGAUCGAGACGUAUUAUCAUCAGGAGUUGUUGUACCACUUCCAGUACGCAAUAGAGACGGAUGUAGAUUAUUUUUAAUUCAAUGUGGUAGUAGAUGGAAUCCGAAUGAAAUUUCAUUAGAUCAAAUGCUGAGAGGAAUUAGAUUGGUUACUGAAUCUGCUCUUUUUGAACCUGAAACUCAGGUUUGUGGAGUCCACUUAUUGUUUGACUUGAGUGGAUUUACUUUAUCUCAAGCGUUAUGCUUUACACCAAGAUUUGCAAAAGCAGAGCUUGAUUGGGUACAAAAUUGUUAUUCUGGCAGAAUAAAAGGUUUACAUAUGGUCCAUAACCCUUUCUUGUUUAAUAUGGUUUUUGCUCUUUUUAAACCUCUUCUGACGGAAAAGUUACGUAAAAGAAUCUACUUUCAUGGUACGAAUAAAGAAUCGCUGUUGAAAGUAGUUGAUCGCAAAGCUGUACCAAAAUAUAUGGGAGGAGACUUGGAUGUGCCAAUUCAACCAGUUGGAAAGCCGUUAUGGGAAUAUUACUGCAAUUUUCAACAAGAAUUUGAAGAGUCUGUAAAACUUGGAUAUCUCAAGAAAAACUAAUAUUUUCGUUAAUUAAGCAGAUUCAUUAUCGAAGUCAACAACUAUGCAUCAAUUUUGAUUAAGGAUUCAUGUAGUAUAAGCACAAUCUUAUCUUAAUAAUCUUUUACCGCGACUUUUGUUUAUUUUUGAUAAUAAUAUAUGUGCAAUGAAAAAUAAAGUUUUUAAACGAUCAAAAUAGCGAGCACAAUAUCAUAUUCUGACUGCACUAAUAACUAAAAAAUGUAUGGUUAAUUCGUGCGAGAUCGUCGACUUUUCACUGACGAAAGUCCGAUUAUAUAGGGUAGAACCACUGGUUUUGGAAACCUUAGUGUUAGUUUUGGACACUUUGAAAUUCAAUGAUUGUGCAGUAAAUUGAAAUAUUAAAAUA